AUUUAUUUCAACAGUACGAAAUAGCUUAAUCUAUAUAGUGCUCUUUUUUUCAAAUUUAACCAUUGUAGGUUCAUAAUUUGUUUAGGUUCCAAAGCUCGAACAUAGAACUUCACUCAGAAAGUUGAUAGAGGUAAAUAGAACUCUAGACAAGUCUCAAAUAGGAUGCGUUGAACUAAUGGGAUUUGGAGCUCUGACUAGAGUUGAAAUUGAUCAACUAGAUAGAGAGGUGCUAAAAUGGAUAAUAUACAAUUAUGACCCGGAAAGUAGCACCCUUAACAUUCGUAGUCGUUGUUAUAGCGUGAAUGAUGAAGAUGUUAAAAUUGCACUUGGUGUACCGGCAACUUCUCAAACCAUUAUACUACACACUAAAGGCACCGACGGACUGAAAAAAUAUGGACAUCUUUUUAAAAUCAUUGAUGGACGUAUAGACAUAGUAACUUUAGUAGGGAGUCUUAAACAAUGCACUAGUGCUGGUGACGAAUUUAAGGUGAUGUACUUGGCACUACUAUUUGGCACGGUAUUAUUUCCAAGUACUCAACACAACUUGCCGGUACAUUAUCUGAAUCCACUGGUUGUCAUAGAGAAUAUUAAAGAGUUGAAUUGGGCCGGUCUCAUCCGAACAACUCUAAAUGAAGGAAUCAGAAAGUGGAAGAAUACAGAACAUGCAUAUAUUGGUGGAUCUUUGGUUUUUCUUCAGCAUUUGAAAGGCCUUUCAUAACGUUUUUAACGAAACAAAGGGUUAAUUCAUUGACUGAUGAUAUACACAAAGAUGUUCCAUACUGGAAUGCCA